AAUAUUUGCUUAGCGAUAAAAAUACUGAAAAAGGUGCUGCGGCAACUGAUAACGGACACUUUUCCGAAAAGUUAUUCUCGAAUAUUCUAAUUUUCUUGUGAAAUACUACCUGACUAUGCAGAACUUUGUUUUACCGACAAUGCCGUUCCGUCGGGACAUUCCAGCCGGCUUUCCAGUCGGGACCACAUUUAAAUUGACCGGAAAACCCUACGAGGACAUUCAGAAGAGCAUUUUCGUGAUUUUCAACACAAAUAAUGGAGAUCAGGCUCUUCGCGUCGAGCUUGUGCUCGUUCAACCGUCUAAACUAAAAAUCGAUUGCACCGUAUCACAAAAAAAGUCAACCGCCGUCGAAACUCUUGUCGUCUGCCCGUUAAAUCAACGGGCGGUGCUGAAAAUCAUCACCUCCCAGCACUCGUUCCAGAUUUUGUUCAACGAAUCCAAGGUUGCAGAUUUUGUGCACCGCGUCGACCCCACACUAGUGAAAUCGGUACUUGUCAGCGGUCCAAUGAUCACCGAAGAUGUCACUAUUACCCCUGGAACAUCCCAACCCCUUCCAUCCUACGAACAAGCAACAUCUCCACCGGUAGAAAUGAUGGCUAAUAUGAAUCUGGGAACUCCUCAAAAAGUCCCACUUCCGGAUAACGAGCCAUUCCCGCCAGCGCCAAUGCCUCAGCCAGCCGCCCCGCCUACGCAGAUCACUAUGACUACGGCUCCCGGCUCAACAGGCACCACCUCCUCCUCUUUCUACUUUACCGGCGGCUCGCAGGGAUUCUCGAAUCAUCCGUACCCACUUCCGGGAUUAAUCGAUAAUUCGACACAUGCAUCACAGCAGAAUCCCGUUGGAACAUUACCACCACAAACUUCCAUGCCAAGUGCACCGCCUAUCACUCAGGCUCCGCCGACUCCGGCGGGAGCUGCGUACACCUCGCCAUAUACCAGCGUCCCUAUGCCACAGCCUCCGUCUUCCGUUCCACUUUCGUAUACACCUGCGCCAACUCCAUCGGUACCAUAUACAGUGACCUACCCCCAAUCGGCUAAUUCAACUCCAGGAAUUCCUCAGCCACUUCCCCAACAAAUGUCACGUCAACAGGCUCCAAUCUAUCAAAAUCAACAGCAAAUGCCUCCGGGAUACAAUCCUUAUCUCCAACAGCAACAGCAACAGAUGGCAGUAAUUUGAAAAAAAUUUUAAAAAAUUCGAAAAAAAAAAUUUCAAUUUUUUAAAAAUGAAAAUCAAUAACUUUUUCGCUUAAAAACCUAAAUAUUUAACUCUAGCUCGUGGAGACCUUUAAAAUGACACCCAUAUCGGCUAGGUUCCACCAACUUUGGGUCCCGCCACGAAAACUACAGUACCCCUUGGGACUUUCGCGGCGAGACCAAAAGUGAGCGAAACCUAGCCAAUAUGGGGGUGUCAUUUUGAAGGUCUCGACGCGAUAAACUCAAAUUUCAUAAUUUCAAACACUUUUUCUUUAAAAUUAAAUAAAAAAUUGGAAAAAGUAAAAAAUUCCAAAAAAAUUUUUUUAGGCCACCGUCCCAAUGCCAUAUCCCUCAGGAGCAGCAGCAGUUCCAGUGUCUGCAAUGGCACCACAAGUAGUACAGUACCCAACUACAGUAGUCCCAUAUUCGUAUCCUGCCGUUCAACCGUAUCCCAUGUACCAACAGUAUCCAAUGGGCUAUGGCUAUCAACCAGAAGUCUACUAUUACGACGGAGGACACCAUCAUCAUAGGCAUCACCACCAUCAUUGCGACUAAUUUCAAAUUUGAAUGAUUAUCGAUUUUUUUAAAAAAUAAAGCUAUUUUCAUAG